AUGAAAAAGCUUCGCAAAGUUCAAAUGGAGGCCUAUGAAAUCUUCGAAGAAGAUCUAAGCUAUUGCGUUGAAGCCGCAAAAGAUUCCACUCGAGCUCUAAUAGAAAGAUGGUACGCAGACGGGUUGAAGGACUUGGAAUUGCUGAAAUUAUGUGUUUAUGACUGGGACAAGUGCUUUGAACUUCAUCUUACGUAUAAGGUUAAGCAACGGGAACCAGGGAUAGAGGUGGAAGAUCUGGAUGAAGUCAUCCAUAAUGUAUAUCGGAACAUGGAUUGGUUUCUCAAUCCGGACCAAAUUUGA